CGGACGACGUGGUGUUUGGAACGCAUUUCGCACUCUCCCCGGAUGCAAACCCAGUAGUGGCCCCGGUGUCCGUGUGAUGUGCGUAGCAACGUUCUAGUGGUCGUUGUCUCCAGCUUGGUCGUGUACAUUGGCCACGUUGGGUUUCUAGUGAAAGUGCGUUUGUGUUUGGUGAAAUAGAUAAGAAAUCGUCUGACUACAUGCUGGCGGCCCGUUGACAGUUGGGUUCACGAAAGGAAACGAACCGGAACCGGGAACGUCGGCAAGAAAGCGAAGAAAGGCGGAAAGCAGUGGGUUUGAACGCGUCUCCAUCGAUCGAUUCAACGUCUGGGUCGGUACCAUGUUGGAUCAGCUUGUUCACAGUUCGUGCCCAACCCCUCGAGAUGCUUCCAGACUAAGCUGCACGUGGAGCUAAUUGCAACACCGCCAGCCGGCCUUGCCAGCCCGCAUGUCCUUGCCGCACCCAAAUGACGAUGCGAUUCAACGUAAUUCCACGACCCUCAAUGAGUCUCACCGUGCCCGUGUACUAGUAACCCGGUCGUCGUCCAUGAUGACAGGUUACAACCGUGAACGACGCUUGGCGGGCUGCUGUAAGCACAAAAGUGCUUAACAUUGUGCAACCACCAACCGUGGAUCGGUGGGCUCUAAUCACCACCCUAAUGCGCUUCAUGUGCGAAAAGUGAGCUCGAUUUCUGGCACGAGUGUGUGCUUUGUGUGCUUGUGUGUGAGACUUUCAUCGCCGUCGUCGGUAAAACGUGCCCUCGAGCAAUCGUAAUAAGUUGCGAAUGAGAAACCAAAAAAAAAAGGAAAAGAAAUAAAGACAGAGAGAGAGAGAGAGAGAGAAAGAAAGUGCGAGUGAGAGAGAGAAAGAAAGGAAGAGUAACACGAUAAGGAUAUCCGGUCCGGUGCCAAGCCCUCCCGCACGAAGGGUGACAUCGAGCCGUGCAGUGUUGGCGAACUCCUCUUGGCGAAACUAGGACAGCCUGGGACGGACAACGUUAUAUGAUGAGAGGUCGACGAAUACCGAUCGCAUUACCGAACACUGGCGCACUGUCCCGUAGACGACACACGCUGUACAUCCGUUCCGCCAUAAUUGUAUUCAUCCUUUUCGCGUUUCUGCAGUUCCACGUGAUAAACUAUGACUCCUCCGAUAGCGGAUCCGGUGACAGCACCAACUAUUCGACGGCAGCGAUCCUGCAGAUGGUGCCGCCGGUAUUUCACAAAUAUUUGACCGGAAAGCCCCGCAACUCCACGCACGGUCACAAUGGUACCCACUUCGGAGGGGACGGGCCCCGGACGGCCAACAUCAGCGAGAUCCUGCGCAUGAUACACCGCUACAAUGAACUCCAGACGGUCCUCAACGAGGACAUCUACGGUCCAUUACAAAAUGAUUCUGUGAUAAUAGUAGUGCAGGUACACAAAAGGAUAACAUACUUACGGCACUUAAUUGUAAGCUUGGCCCAAGCGAGGGACAUUUCACGGGCGCUGCUCGUCUUCUCGCACGAUUUCUACGAUGACGACAUCAACGAUCUGGUGCAAAGCAUAGACUUUUGUAAAGUAAUGCAGAUUUUCUAUCCCUUCUCGAUACAAACGCACCCGAACGAAUUUCCCGGUGCCGACCCCGCCGAUUGCCCGAGGGAUAUUAAAAAAGAGCAGGCACUGCUGCGAAAGUGCAACAAUGCACUCCAUCCCGACCUGUACGGGCACUACCGGGAGGCCAAGUUCACCCAAACCAAACACCACUGGUGGUGGAAGGCGAAUCGAGUGUUUGACCAGCUGGAGGUCACCAAGUACCAUACGGGUAUGGUGGUGUUCCUGGAGGAGGACCACUAUGUGGCCGAGGAUUUUCUCUACAUCCUCGAGCUGAUGUUCCGGAAAGCGCAGGACCUGUGCCAGAAGUGCAACAUCCUGUCGCUGGGCACAUAUCUGAAAACUUUCAACUACUACACGUACAACAAGAAGCGUGGCCAGCCCUAUGUAAAGAGCUGGUACUCGGGCCACAAUGGUAAAGCGGGCACCGCAUGGGGGGAUGGGCAGCGAUCGAUUCCCGAUUGGGGACCGUCAGCAUCCUUUUCGGUGUCCUAUGGUGCGCUUAGCCGCAGCCAGCUCAAAGACGCCGCACGUCGCAUUCGAGCAACGAUCGAUGUUGGGGCGCUACUUGAUCAAAAGCAAUACAUUCGCCAGGAUACGAUCGGGCGAACCGAUGGGUUAAACCUGCUGCGGGUGACGUCCACCACCAAGACGGGUCGCUCGUCGGACGAUUCGUUACACAAUCAGCUUGGGUUUGGGGCAGCUCACCACAACGACAUCUUUGUAAAUGACGAACGUAACGGUGUUCUUAACGCUCCUUCCACUCCGUCGAUCUUUCAUCCCUGGCAACACCGGCGCCCAUUGCAGCACCAGCAACAGCAGAAGCUUCUGCAACAGCAGCGCCAGCUGCAGCAACAGCAGCUGCUCCAAAAGCAGCAGCUACAACGCCAACAGCAGCUGCAACAAAAGCCACACCAGCAGGAGCAACACGCACAGCAGCAGCCAGCAUCGCUUCCGACGCAGGUCACCACCGAAAAGUACGCGUCCCAGUCGCAAUGGGGCUACCAGGUGUUACCGACCCUGUACUCGAUCUAUCAGAAGGUUGAGGUGACUCCCUGGAUCAGCAGCAAGCACAACAUGGGUAUGGCGUUCAACCGCACCACCUGGUACGACAUAGUCCGUUGCGGGCGGCACUUUUGCGAGUACGACGACUACAACUGGGAUUGGUCACUGCAGCACGUGUCGCAACAGUGUCUGAAGCAGAAGCUGCACGUGAUGGUUGUGAAAGGACCACGGGUUUUCCACAUCGGUGAAUGUGGGGUCCAUCACAAGAAAAGCAACUGCGAGUCGAACCAGGUGAUCUCAAAGGUGCAGCAAGUCCUUAAGGUGGCUCGUGGUUCUCAGCAGCUGUUUCCUCGCUCGAUAUCGCUCACUCAGACGAGCGUUAUCAAGAAGACAAAACUACGCAAGGGCAACGGUGGCUGGGGUGACCAGCGGGAUCACCAGCUGUGCUUCAACAUGACGCUGGUGGGACGGUAAUGGGGCGGAACAUGUCUCUAUGACACCCCGCGCUGCAUACGCACAUUCCUUGCUGUCCACGGAGCGCCGUACAAGGCGCGGCUUACAACGAGGACUGUGUGAAACAACGAAUCGUCGUUACAAGAAGUAUCCUAGCAACCGGUGGAAAUCGUAGAGCAACCAAGCAACCAUCUCCCAUCGCCCUCUCCUUGUGCCGGUUUGACCACGUGUAGCACAACCCGCGCAUGGUUGGAUCGGAGAACGACCAAACCAAAGUUAUGUACACGUUUCUUUUUCGUUUUAGAAUGUUACCUAAGCUAUAUAGCUAAUCGUUCGAUCUGUUCACUUGUUUUUUUUUGUCUUUGUUGUACCUUAUAAGUCACAACGAUGGUUCAUGUUAACGGAUGUUACCAAAAACGGUACCGAAGGCCAAGAAAUAGUAUUAGGUAUUUAGGCUUAGAUUGUACGAACCCAGGCAACAGACGAAACCCAAGUCGCACCACAGUGGCGAAAAAACUUCAAAAGCGUUAUGCAUGGGUUUAUAUUUAUUUAACAUCAUUUGUCAACCACCAGCUCAGUGUGGAGUUAAAUGUUCCGUGUUGCCGUAGCACGCUAUACCAUGGUUCGUAUGUAAGAUUCCAAGACCAAUCGUCACCGGGUUAGUCUCGUGUUUUGUUUUAUUUUGUUUCCUACGUUUAGGGCACUGUCGAUUACGAUAAACGUCUAGACAAUGUGUGAUAUAAGUUUGCGGACCAUUCGUUCCAUGCGAUUCGUGGUUGAGAAAUGUAUCCACAGUUUUGUUUACUUACCCAACAGAGCUGAUUGAAGUUUUUUAAAUCCUGCAAGAGACGCGUGAUCCACAUUCAACGCUCGAACGAAAUAGUAAGUGUUUGUAAUGUCGAAUGUCCUUUUUUGCGAUAGUGAAUAAGUGUAACGUUAGGUGUAAUGGUAACGAAAACAAUAAAACUAUGUGAACGGCACACACGCAACUAAUUUGACCGAAUGUAAAAAUUAUUGCCUGAAAGUUACUGUAUUUCAUUUUGAGAAAUUUUUUUACUAUCUUGUAA